AGACAAUUUGGAUAGGCUGAAACAAAAGCCUGUUACCCUAUAUAAUGGCGAUAAGUUGUAGGAGGGAAACAAUUGUAGCAUAACACUUUCAGUUUCAUUGAUAUCUGCAGACAAGAAAAUUGUGUCAUGGAGAAAGUGGGUAGGAAAAAGUUGGGGCAACAGGGACUUUGUGUGUCUGAACAGGGUUUGGGAUGUAUGGGUAUGUCCUUUUUGUAUGGCCCUCCCAAACCUGAGCAAGAGAUGAUAGAUCUCAUUCACUAUGCUGUGAACAGCGGUGUCACUUUUCUUGAUACUUCAGACAUUUAUGGACCAGAAACCAAUGAAAUUCUUCUAGGAAAGGCUCUGAAAGGCAUCAGAGAGAAGGUCCAGAUUGCUACCAAGUUUGGAUUGACUUGGGCUAAUGGAGAAUUCGGUGUGAGGGGAGAUCCUGCAUAUGUCAGGGCUGCCUGUGAAGCAAGCCUUAAGAGGCUUCAUAUUGACUACAUUGAUCUUUAUUAUCAGCACAGGGUGGAUACUACUGUACCCAUAGAAGCUACUAUGGGUGAAUUGAAGAAGCUGGUAGAAGAGGGAAAGAUAAAAUAUGUGGGUCUGUCUGAAGCCUCUGCUUCAACAAUCCGUAGAGCACAUGCAGUGCAUCCAAUCACUGCCGUGCAGCUUGAAUGGUCUCUCUGGAGUAGGGAUUCUGAGGCACAAAUUAUUCCCACCUGCAGGGAGUUGGGGAUUGGAAUUGUUGCAUACAGCCCUUUAGGCAGGGGUUUCUUUGCCUCAGGAGCAAAACUUCUUGGAAGUGUGACUGAUGAUGACUUUCGUAAGGGGAGUCCAAGGCUUCAAAGUGAGAAUCUUGAGCACAACCAAGCUCUAUUCCAAAAGCUAAGUGAGAUCAGCUUACGAAAAGGGUGCAGCCCAAGCCAGCUUGCUCUUGCAUGGGUUCAGCACCAGGGGAAUGAUGUUGUGCCCAUACCCGGAACCACCAAGAUUAAGAACCUGGACGACAAUAUAUUCUCUGUCUCUGUAAAUCUGACUGCAGAUGACAUGAAGGAGAUUGAAGCUAUUUUUCCUGUAGAUGCUGCAGCUGGAAGUCGAAACAGGGAAGAGCAUUUGGAAUUUUCCUGGAUGCAUUCAGAAACGCCCCCUUACAAUACUCUCCAUUGAAUUAAAAAUUUAAAGCACUUAAAUGUUUGUAUUUGUAUAAAGUUUGAACUGGAAUACUUGCGUGAGAUAAAGGCAUUGCAGGGCAGAACAUUUGCAAUUGAGCUAGAUGAUAGAAAGCUAAUUAAGAAUUAGAAACAUUAAAAAAUGUUUAAAAAAAUAGGGGUUUUAAAA